AUGGUCCACCCUCCACAGCAGCGAUCCACCGCACUAAGAGAGGAAUCUUACAAAGCAGAUCAUAAAUUUCAAGAAGUUAGUGCACGGUUCAUUGCGAAUGUUCCUCGGCGAUUGUAUCCGGCGCUUCCAACAUGGCAGUGGGCCGAUGCAACAGGCCGAGGACAAGGGGGACGUGGAUUUGGAGGCGGUCGAGAGGUAGAAGCCGAUCGUGGUUACGCCACUCGGGUAGGGGUCAAGCUCGGGUGUUCACUGACCCACCAGAUGCUCAAGCUUCAAAUGCGAUCAGAUCCAGAUGUGGCUGGAAGAAGUUUUCACAACGGGCGUUUCAUUCAGAAAAUGCGUGAAAAAGCUGCAACUUUACCCAAUGUAAGACUGGAGGAAGGGACAGUAACAUCCCUACUAGAAGUAAAGGGGACAAUCAAGGGCGUGCAAUACAAAACUAAAAUUGGUCAACAACUUACCGCUUCUGCUCCACUUACAAUAGUAUGCGAUGGUUGUUUUUCAAAUUUGCGACGGUCUCUCUGUAAUCCUAAGGUUGAUAUCCCCUCCUGUUUUGUGGCAUUGAUCUUAGAGAAUUGCGAGCUUCCAUACCCAAAUCACGGACAUGUUAUUCUGGCAGACCCUUCACCAAUCUUGUUCUAUCGUAUUAGUAGCUCUGAAAUUCGAUGCUUGGUUGACAUACCUGGCCAAAAUCUACCAUCCAUUUCAAAUGGUGAAAUGGCCAAACACUUGAAAACUGUGGUGGCUCCCCAGAUUCCCCAAGAGCUACGUGAUGCAUUUGUUUUUGCAAUUAACAAAGAAAACAUAAGAACGAUGCCUAAUAGGAGCAUGCCUGCUGCUCCUCAUCCCACUCCAGGUGCUCUUUUGUUAGGGGAUGCAUUUAACAUGAGACAUCCUUUAACAGGAGGAGGAAUGACUGUUGCCCUAUCUGAUAUAGUCGUAUUAAGGAAUCUUCUAAGGCCUUUGCAUGAUCUGAGCGAUGCAUUUUCCCUUUGCAAGUAUCUUGAAUCCUUCUACACACUACGCAAACCUGUGGCAUCUACUAUAAAUACUCUGGCUGGAGCCUUAUACAAAGUAUUCAGUGCAUCAACUGAUCCUGCAAGGAAUGAAAUGCGUCAAGCAUGUUUUGACUAUUUUAGCCUUGGAGGUGUAUUUUCAAAUGGACCUAUCGCUUUACUCUCUGGACUAAAUCCUCGUCCGUUGAAUUUGGUUCUCCAUUUUUUUGCUGUGGCUAUCUUUGGUGUUGGCCGCUUAAUAGUUCCAUUUCCAUCAAUUCCACGCUUUUUGAUUGGGGCUAGAAUGAUCUCGGUUGCAUCAAGAAUCAUUUUUCCCAUCAUAAAGGCAGAAGGAGUUCGACAAAUGUUCUUCCCUAUAACCCUAACACAUUGA